GGUAGAGGGAAGAAACAAAGCUAAAGGUGAGGAGUUGGGGACCUAAGUCUUCCUCUAUAUAAAGGUUGGUGUGAUACUCAUUUAUUAGUCAUUUUGCUCUUGUACAAGUUUUUUGAGCUUAAAGAGUUGUUUAUAAGAGACUUUUAUUAUUUGUCUUAGCCGUGGUGGUACUCGAUAUGGGAAGACAACCUUGUUGUGAUAAAUUGGGGGUGAAGAAAGGCCCUUGGACUGCUGAGGAAGAUAAGAAGCUAAUCAAUUUCAUCCUCACCAAUGGCCAAUGUUGUUGGAGGGCCGUUCCGAAGCUUGCCGGUCUUAGACGGUGUGGAAAAAGUUGUCGUCUUCGAUGGACUAAUUAUCUUCGACCUGACUUGAAACGAGGUCUUCUUAGUGAUUCUGAAGAGCAAUUGGUUAUUGACCUUCAUGCUCGACUUGGAAAUAGGUGGUCCAAAAUUGCUGCAAGAUUGCCAGGAAGAACAGAUAACGAGAUCAAAAAUCAUUGGAACACCCACAUUAAGAAGAAACUUAUUAAGAUGGGAAUUGACCCUAUUACACAUGAACCCUUAAACAAAGAUCAAUCUCCAAAUAACCAAAUUAUUCCAAAUCAAUCAUCUUCAUCUUCUAAUAACAACAACAAUUCCGAUAUUAGCACAGCUGAAUCCUUAAAUCAAGCUCAAUCAUCAUCAUUAGAAACAAAUAAUAGUGGUCAAACCAAUAGCACAACAACUAUUUAUUCAAUAUCGGAGGAUAUUGCGCAUAACAGCCCACCAACAGAGAAUAGUUCGAGUAUUAAUAAUCGAUCUAGUAUGAGCUUAACCGAGAUCAUUAGCAUUGAUGACGCGCUAAUGAGCUACUUAUGGGAUGAUAAUGAUGUUACACCAUUGGAAUUUCCCUAUUCAUACAAAGUUGAUCAACCUUGUUUGUCGAGCAACAAUACAUGGGAUGAUAAUUGUUCAUGGUUAUUUGAUUGUCAAGAUUUUGGUAUCCAAGAUUUCGGGCUUGAUGGUUUCAGUGACAUUGAAGUUAUGAACACAUUGAAUGGGGUAGAUAUGAGUAACAAGUAAGAUCAUAAUUAAUUAGUGCAAUGGAUUAUUAAGACUUCGGGAGUAAAUUAAGCAGACCACGGUCGCGGAAAUGGUCACGGAGAAAUGUAUAUGUACAUGUAAUGACAUACGUGCUACAAAAGUAGUAUGUAUCCACUUUAGGUUAAUUUGAUUUUUCGUUACAAUUAUCUGUGUUUGAAUCAGAAAAUUCUCGAGUGGUUGUUUUUAGCCAACCAUAUUUGAGAAUCAUACCAUAUACCAAAGCCAUACACUUUCAUAGUGAGACACUGCAAAUAGUUUAUUUGUUUUGAAAUUGUGUUUGUAAAUUAUUGUUCAAAAAGUUUAUGAGGUGCCCCAUGAGCGUGGUCUUCCUGUGCAAAGAAAAAGGCUUUGUACAUAAAUUAUGUACCUACCAUGAUAAAUAAUGAUAUCUUAUGUUCUUGGUUUAUUUUUUAAUAUAA